CCGGAGGACCGACCCAAAACCGCUUUUGUCCUAUUCGAGGGCACGUGGCAAUGGGUCUGGUGUCCCAUGGGAAUUUGCAAUGCCCCGACAACGUUUCAGCGGGCCAUGAAUAUGGCCUUCGCUGAGUUCGUUAACAAAACCCGACUAACCCAACCCCUGAUCAAUUUCUGCGUGAUUGUGUAUAUGGAUGAUAUUUUGGUCUUUUCGAAAACACACGAGUACCGCGUGGAACACAUCGAGUGGGUUUUGCAUGCACUGAAAGAUGUCGGGUUCAAAGUGGCCUUGGAGAAAAGCGAGUUCUUCUUUUCGGAGAUUUCAUUCUUGGGGUAUAUCGUCACGGUCGAUGGGCUAAAACCGGAUUCGAGGAAGGUGGCAGCAGAUCAAGACACCUCGGCGCCGGUCACACUCACCCAGGCUCGGGCUUUUCUGGGGCUGGCAUCCUAUUACCGACGCUUCAUCAAGGGGUUCGCUGGUAUAGCGAAGCCCCUCACGAACCUGCUGAAGAAAGAGGAACAGCUGAUCUGGACACCGGAAUCUGAGGUGGCAUUUCAGGCGUUGAAGGAGGCUCUAAAAUCUGCUCCUGUGUUGGCGCAUCGCUUGUUGCGGCAUCAGUUUAACGAGGAGAGGCAGUUGCGGUACGACAUCCAACAGGUGAACGUGCCAGCGCCCGGGGUUGCUGAUCUGGCGGCAUACUCGUUGCUUUGUGAUCGGCUGACAUAUGUGGGGGUGUACGUGGACGUGACGCAGUUGCCUGGCCGGGAGACGACUCGGGUAUUCAUUGAGUUCCGUGCGCUCCAGGUGGCACCCAAUUUCGUGCACAGCGUCGACACCUUCAUCGGAGACUUGACGAUCCUCCCGCAGGAGAAUCGGGAGCCGGCGCGCAGCUUUGUGCGCGAGUAUGCUGUAGAAGCGGCCAGAUCUGUGGCCAGAGUGCAAGGACGGAGCGAGCACCGAUUCACAGCCCACGAAGUGCUGCUGCGUAGGGCAGAAGACAGACCGAUCGCGCUGUUCUUCGUGGAUCACGAAGACCACGUUACCGGUGAGCACUUCGUCGUUUACUACGUCAUCACGCGACCCAAGCCAGCGGAGAAGGAAGGGACGGUCGCGCUGUACCCAUUCGUCCAGCUCCAGACGAUCGAUCCGAGAUUUUUGGAGCUCAUACAUCUUGAGCUCCUCUCCAUCGGGCAAGUGAUCGCGAGCGAGGAGGAGGAGAUCCAACCGCGACUGCAGACGGCGACGACCCCGUGGAGAACGUACAACGAGGUCGUCAUCCUGGAUUACAUUGCGCAGCGCGCGGAGAGAUUGGACGACUUCCCGGAGGAAAGGCCGUUGCGUCCUCCCUCAUCGUACUCUCGGCCAGCGCCACCGAAGGCCCCCAAGAAGACGCCGAAGAGGAAGAGAUGCCACCCGUUGCCAGGAGUGCAAGGCAGCAGGAUCGGCGGCGGCGAGGAAGUGAUUCAGCCCGCGCGUGCGGCGACGCUCAUUAAGGAGACUAUCGUGCCAUCGCCGCCCAUUCCGAUUGUGCCCGACCUCAAUCUUGAUGGAGCCGGGCCAUCAUCAACAGCAGCAGCCAGAGGGGGAAGCCGAAUGGGAUUUCCGGAUUCCAUAUCCAGACCCCCCGUCCUCGCGGGACCUCUCCGCGACUCGUUGUCAGAACUUAUCAAAGUCGAACGGCGGAGAGUCACGGAGCGGGCGCAGGACUCUCGCUGGCAAGGCCCGACGUUACAAAAACGGAAGGUCGAUGACGACGGAGAGUCUAGCUGGUUGACGGUUCCACACCCUCUUGCUAGGUUCGAUUGGACACGAGCCGCUCAUGAGGAGGACGCGGUCCAUUUCGCGGUCAAGUUCACGAAAAAAGCCAUCGAAAAGAAUGGAUGGUACUGGUCGGGAAUUCGGGAAGAUGUGAAAUACAUCGUUCAGAAUUGCCUGGCCUGCGCGGCGGACAAGGCGCCUGUACAGAUGCCUCGGACGAUGGUGCCCACUCGUGUAGAGCGCCCCUUUCAGAGGUUUAGCAUCGAUACGACGGAUAUCAACGUUCCGAGAGGGUCUGUCGAUCAGGGAGAACUCAAUGUUCUUUUAGUGGCCGUCGAUCAUUUUUCAAAAUGGAUCGAGGCGUACCCUAUGACCAGUCGGAAUUCGCAGGAAGUAGCCUGGAUGAACCAUCGCCAGCCGGAGCAUGAGCCUCUCGAGCACUUCCAGACGCCACUUGCAGAUCGCUUGUUGUGGCAUCGGUUUAAUGAGGAGAGACAGUUGCGGUACGACAUCCAACAGGUGGACGUGCCAGCGCCCGGGGUUGCUGAUUUGGCAGUGUACUCGUUGCUUUGCGAUCGCCUGACAUAUGCGGGAGUGUACGUGGACGUGACGCAGUUGCCUGGCUGGGAGACGACCCGAGUAUUCAUUGAGUUCUGUGCGCUCCAGGUGGCACCCAACUUCGUGCACAGCGUCGCCACCUUCAUCGGAGACUUGACGGUCCUACUGCAGCAGAAUCGGGAGCCGGCGCGCAGCUUUGUGCGCGAAUACGUGGUGGAAGCGGCCAGAUCAGUGGCCAGAGUGCAAGGACGCGGGGGACACCGAUUCACAGCCCACGAAGUGCUGCUGCGUAGGGCAGAGGACGGACCGAUUGCGUUGGUGCCGCAGCUCCCCGUGCUUCUCCCUCCCGCUGCUCCUCUCAACCUCCAAGCUAUUCCCCCUCUCACGGAGGGCCCUUACCCCAUGCGCGAGUUCUCGGAGUAUUUGGUGGAGCUAACUGACGUGGAGUCGCUGCGCUUCGCCGACGAAGACGCGUGGGAGUUGCACCGUGCGCUGUACAAGUCGGUGGCGCUGGGGAUGUUCCGGUUCUUCGUGGAUCACGAAGACCACGCUAUCGGGGAGCACUUCGUCGUUUACUACGUCAUCGCGCGGCCCAAGCCAGCGGAGAAAGAAGGGACGGUGGCGCUGUACCCCUUCGCCCCGCUCCAGACAAUCGAUCCAGGAUUGUUGGAGCUCAUACAUCUUGAGCUCCUCUCCAUUGCGCAAGUGAUCGCAAGCGAGGAGGAGGAGAUCCAACCACGAUUGCGGACGGCGACGGCCCCGCGGAGAACGUACAAUCGGGUCGUCAUCCCAGAUUACAUUGCGAAGCGCGCGGAGAGAUUGGAGGACUUCCCGGAGGAAAGGCCGUUGCGUCCUCCCUUGUCGUAUCCUCGACCAGCACCACCGAAGGCCCCCAAGAAGACGCCGAAGAGGAAGAGACGCCACCCGUCGCCAGGAGCGCAAGGCAGCAGGAUCGGCGGCGGCGAGGAGGUGAUUCAGCUCGCGCGGAUUCCUGACCCUGUGCCUGGGAGUGCGGCGACGCUCGUUAAGGAGACUAUCGUGCCAUCGCCGCCCAUUCUGCGUGUGCCUGAUCUCAAUCUUGAUGGAGACGGGCCAUCAGCAACAGCAGCAGCCGGAGGCGGAAGCCAAAUGGGAUUUCCGGAUCCCAUAUCCAGACCCCCCCUCCUCGCGGGACCCCUCUUUCAUCCGAGCCGGACGGUCCAUCUGAUCGAGGUGGACUUCAUGGUGGAGCCCGCCACCAUUAGGCUCGAGGCCAUCGUCGGGGCGCCGCGCCCUGAUCCGGCCUGGGAGCCAUAUCUAACACCCCCUUUUCAAGGGUGUAUUGCGGCGCGAUUGGCUGGGACGCUCAUCUACGAGACCGGGCAACGUCCAAACGCGAUGUACCACUUCCUGGUCUUCGCGGCGCAGAAGCGGGAGCGGCGGCCUUACACCGAGACUCAUGUGGUGAUGACGGGUCCAGGGCCCCGAUCGGUGCGCAAGCGGGUAGUGCGAGCGGUAGCCGAUCUGGCGCCCCGUGUCCUCUCACAUGUGCCGGGGGGCUUUCUUUACCCCUCAUUCGUCCAGCAUCACUUCCAUGAGGGAGAUGCGCCGACGACUCCUGCGGCAAUGGCCGUUUUUCUUCCACCGAUUCCGCCCCCUCUCAAUCCCGACAUAGAUCACUUCCUCUGAUAACCCUCGUCUACCUCUCCCUUGUCCUCUCCCUCUCCUUCUCUUCUUUUUCUUCUUCUUUUCCGGAUCUAAAAAUCGCACGAG